UGCUGCGCCCGAUUUAGUUGAGUUUCACCUCGAGGACCGUUCGCGAUUCUCGUCAAUGUGCUCUUUUCAAGUCACGGCGCCUCAUCUCAUCAAUUGUUCACCUCUGUAGGCUUGCGCGCCAGUUUCUUGUGAAAUAUUCCCUUACCAGUUUAUUGCUGAACUGUGUUGUUGUCUCACAUGUGACUUUGUACGUUAUCACUUUGGUGAUUAGGCUACAAGUAGUGAAGAACAACUCCCCUUAUCAGUAGGUCUUAACCGUCAGUUGGAGUCAUUCAAAUUGGUCACAGUCAAGGGAAACUGCACGCACUAUUGGAACUCGUGACUUCCCAGUUUGUCUUCCAAUUCUGUCAUACGUGGACGUGAAUUGCUCUGAAUAUGGAGUUUUGCUGUUGAGCACUGCUUGAACAAGGAAAUAUCACCAAAUGAAGAACACAAUGGAGGAGUGGCGAGUCGCUUUAUUCGUCCUCCUUGCAGCUCUGGUGCCAAGAUCUCUCCAAGAUAAAGAUAGCAAAGAGUGGUGGUACACAAAUUCGAAUGAUCUGCAGAAACUAUCAAAUAAUGAGCCAUCAUUGGACACCAACAACACCUCCAGUAACGUCACAGUCCAACUGGGCGGCACCGCCUUCCUUCAUUGUCGAGUCAAAAAUCUGGGAGAGAGAACUAUUUCAUGGGUGAGAAGGCGAGACUGGCACAUUUUGACGUCAGGCAUGUUCACCUACACAAACGACGAACGCUUCCAAGUGCUGCAUGCUGAGGGCUCGGAUGACUGGACUCUUCAGAUCAAAUACGUCCAGAAAAGAGAUAACGGAACUUACGAGUGCCAGGUGGCAACCGGAGGCGGAGUGGUGUCGCAGUUCGUCACCCUUCACAUCGUGGUGCCCGAGGCGUUCAUUCUAGGCAGUGGUGAACACCACGUCGAUCUGGGCAGCAUCAUCAGUCUCGUCUGCAUCAUUGAUAAGAGUCCGCAACCACCUCAGUACGUGUUCUGGUACCAUAACGAGCGCAUGAUCAACUACGACACGGCGCGAGGCGGAGUAUCGGUCGACACGGAGCCCGGAGCGAAGACGCAGUCACGGCUGACCAUUCGCGGCGCCCAGGACACUGACUCCGGCAACUACACAUGCAGUGCAUCCAACACCGAGCCCGCAUCCAUAUUCGUAUUCGUCUCUGAAGGUGACAAGAUGGCAGCCAUAUCGAGGAGAAAGUCAUCGUCAGGCUCAGGAAUCGACGUGAUGCUGUGGUUUGUGGUGCUGCCUCUGCUGGUGAUCGCAUCCAGAUAAGAGAUGAGUCACGAGUCGAGUUACAAAUGAAACUGAUCCGAUGCGAUGCGAAGCGCGCUUUUAGUGCGUGAAUGAGGGAGGCGGCUUGACGGUGAUGCUCUGCUCAAGCUGAGGCUUGUCGAGGAAGUUUACCGAGGAUCUGCGACGGUAUUCGUCUAUGUUGACGACGGGUUCAGCGGCUUCACAGGAAACGGAGAGCAAAACUGUCUUCUAAUCUCCACAAGCGCUGCCAAGGAGAAAGGAUCGCGUAAUCCUAGACAAUCUCUGUCAACACACUUCAUAAAAUCCGCUGCCUCAAUUCUCAACACUGGAGCGAGAUGCAGAUCUCCCGAACGGAGGGGGGCCUGCCUGCUCGUUCACAAUACUGUUAAUCUGUCGAAUCUUGCUCGGAUCUAACCUCACUUGAUUAACAGUCGGUGUGAUGCCGUCGCGCCAGAACUGAACUGAACAUAGUUUACUGUUUCCAAUCCUGUUUCAUCUUCUCGAAAUAAGUUAUCACCUCUAAUAGUGUAAAUACUGCUGAAUCUUGCAACAAAUCUACAGCAAGUGUAAAAUGUAGCGUUGGCGAAGUUAUUGAAGUGGAUUCUCUGCGAUGUUUUAUAAGAGAUGCUGAUUUGACCUCACAGGAUCUGCCCAUUAUUUGAAUUAAUGGAACUAUCACAACGAUAAAAAUACUUAAUUAGUAACAUGAACAUUGUAGCGGUCUUUGUGUCAAGAAUAUAGAAGUGAAAUUAUUGUUGGAAUAUGUGAUUGUUGGCUGUUUGAAGAUUGUUUAAUCCCAGUUUUCCUAUAUUCUCAUACUAUUGCUCCAUCUUGUGUUUAUCAAUUGUGAGUUGUGACUUAUUUCUAAAACUGGAGCUGUCUUCCAGAUAAACUUCCAUUCAGCUUGGAAAUGCUCCAAUUGUUAAGCUCGUAGUUUCAUUAGUAAUAUUCAAUCCUGAAAAAGUGCAAUUGAAUUAGUCCAAUCAUAUUGAUUGAAUUGAUUUAGCCUAAUAUCGAUUGUAACCUCAUAACGGCAUAGGCGUUACCAGUUUCUCCUUUUAUGUUGAGUUUAUAAUGAAUUCGAUUUCAUGAUUAAAAUCAUGCCUUCGAUUUGUGAAGUUUGAUAAGAGAAUGAUCGAGUAACAAGAAAGAAGCAACAUUUUAUACAAAACAAAAAACAUAAAUUGAUGAUUUUAAUUGAAUUGCAAAGUUUCAUCAACUCUGUAGCAUGAUUAUUUCCCUGAUAUUUUUGUAUAAUGUCAAUUGGAGAAGUGUUUCUACUUAUUGAAAACAAUGAACAUUGAAGCCCAACAUGAACAACUUGGACAUGAAGUUAUUGAAGGGAGCUUGAUAAACUCAUAAGAACAUGAAACUUCAAUGAGAAAUUGCUUCUUCAAAAUUGUUUGUAUCCAAACAAUGUAUUUCGUAUUUUGCUUCAUCAAUUCAUAUUCCGUUGCUGUAUAUAAUAUGAUUAUUAAAUCCACAGUGUAGUGGUAUCUAUUAUACUUAUUGAAUCAGGACAGAGUCUCUAAAAACAAAAAUAUUCGUGCAAUAUUUUACAUAGUGAGUACUCAUUCAUGGGCUGGAACAUUCUUAAAAUUGAGAAUGAGUCAUGGAGUAAUAAAUGGGAGGUGCUACAAGAAUAAUCCCUAUUUUAUAUUCAACAUUUCAUAAUCUAUUGUACCGUGAUCGUGUGGACCUUCUUGUCAACGAUUAACUCAACAUUCAACAUCCAUAGGGGUAACUAUACUUACCAAUUGAAUCUCUUUAAAAUUUAUAUGUUUAGAUUGAAAUGUUAUGGGCAAUUGUUGUUUAUUCGACCAUCAAUGUAUAUUGUGGAGUUGUAACAUUUAUUAUCAUUAGAAACUUUUCAUACUAUGGUUCACCAGCCAAAAGAAAAGAAUUUUGUACAUAGACUAAAGUGAAAUUUAACUUUUAAGCCGUUAAAUUAAUUUCUCAGAGCUUAUUAUAUAUCACGCUCAUUACAUGGGCACUAGAUAAUUAGCAUUUCAAUUGUGAAUAUUGUAAAUAAAAAAAAUAUUUGAUUCUUGUAACUACUGAUUUUUUGCAUGAUGGAAAGAUGUAUUAUCAAAAUUUACUGUUUUCAUCAACAUAUGUGGAAAAUAAAAAUAUUAUUGUGAAUCCCUU